CCGUCCUCUUUUCACCGCCACCUAAACACGCUUCCUUUAUUUAUUAAAUAAAGAUUGCCGGAUUACAUACAAUUGCCACUUUUUCAUCUGAUGCAUGACACGGAGUGCGAUAAACGUCUUGUUUUAUGAGGACGGUUUCUUCUACCGGAUGACAUUGGGGGACUAAGCGAACACCAUGACGACAGACGAGGCAGCGGACAGCCAGCAGCAGAAGAAGAAGCGCGGCCAGCGGCCCGCCGAGGAGCCGGAGGAGGGCGGCCGGGACCACGGGCCCCCCGCCGAGCCCGGCCCCGCCCCCGCCGCGCCCGACCCCGAGGAGGAGGCGGAGCUCCGGCCCCGACCCCGCGGCCUCUCGCGCCUCUUCUCCUCCUUCCUGAAGCGCCGCUCGCAGCACGAGGAGGGGGGCCAGGCCGGGGGGCCGGGCGACAGCAGCGCCGGGGGCCAGGAGCCCAAGGCGCCCAUCGCCGACCCCGAGCCCGAGCUGAAGGCGGAGGGGGAGGGGGAGGGGGAGGUGGCGGCCGACCAGCGCUCCGUCAGCAGCACCGAGGCCCAGCCCGCCCAGGUGGAGCCCAACGAGGACGAGAGGUCAGACACUGAGGACGAAGGAGACAAGGAGCCGGAGAAAGGCCAGGAGGGGAGCUCUGAGAAGGGCCCUGAGCAGGAGGAGGAGCCUGUGGAGGGAGGAGGAGGAGGGGGAGGAGGGGGAGGGGGAGGGGAGAAAGAGGGCGAGGGCGGAGAGGGGGAGACGGAGGGGAAGAAGGACACCGCGUCGGAGGAGGGGGGAGAGGCCAAGGCGGUGAAGGCGGCGCGGCGACCCAGGAUCAUGCAGAUCAGAGUCAGCCUGCUGGACCACACUCUGUUUGAGUGUGAGCUGGAUAAACAUGCCAAAGGCCAGGACCUGUUUGUGAGGGUGUGUGACCACCUCAACCUGCUGGAGAGAGACUACUACGGCCUGGCCAUCUGGGAGACCCCCAGCAUGAAGGUCUGGAUGGACUUCACCAAGGAGAUCCGUCGGCAGGUGCAAGGCACCGACUACAACUUCACCUUCAAUGUGAAGUUCUACCCCCCCGACCCUGCCCAGCUGUCGGAGGACAUCACAAGGUACUACCUGUGUCUCCAGCUCCGUAAGGACAUCCUGGCGGGCCGGCUGCCCUGCUCCUUCGUCACCCUGGCACUGCUGGGGUCCUACGCCCUGCAGUCGGAGCUGGGCGAGUACGACGCCGAGACGCACCCCCCCGACUACGCCAAGAGCAUGAAGCUGGCUCAGGGCCAGACCACGGAGCUGGAGGAGAAGAUGAUGGAGCUGCAUCGCACCUACAGAUCGAUGAGCCCAGCGCAGGCGGACAUGAUGUUCCUGGAGAACGCCAAGAAGCUCUCCAUGUACGGAGUGGACCUCCACCAGGCCAAGGACCUGGACGGGGUCGACAUCACGCUGGGUGUGUGCUCCAGUGGGCUGAUGGUGUACAAAGACAAGCUGCGGAUCAACCGCUUCCCCUGGCCCAAGGUGCUGAAGGUGUCCUACAAGCGCAGCAGCUUCUUCAUUAAGAUCAGGCCCUCUGAGCUGGAGCUAUACGAAAGUGCCAUCGGCUUCAAGCUACCGAACUACAAGGCGGCCAAGAAGCUCUGGAAGGUUUCUGUGGAGCAUCAUACAUUCUUCAGGCUGACCUCCACGGAGGUGGCGACCACGCCCAGGAAGUUCCUGGCCCUGGGCUCCAAGUUCCGGUACAGCGGGCGGACGCAGGCCCAGACGCGCCAGGCCAGCUCGCUGAUCGACCGGCCCGCCCCGCUCUUCCAGCGCUCGUCCAGCAAGAGGAACUCCCGGAGCCUGGACGGAGCCAUGGCGACCACCCCGGACAAGAACAGCCGUCCCGUCAGCGCGCCCAUCAUGUCCCCCGUGUCGCCGGACGCGGCCCCCUCGCCGCUGCCCUCCGGGGGCCCCCCCCUGAGGGGCCUGCAGCGCCACAUCGCCGCCCCCAAAGAGCGCCAGUCGCGCUCCGCCGACAGGAGGGCCACCAACGUGAAGACGGAGAGGCCCCCCGAAACCACCAAGACCCAGAGCCCCCGACCCGAGUCCACGCCGGACAUCAAGUCGGUGGCCAGGAGGGAGCGGAGGCCCUCCCCCGCCCUGAACGCCACCAACGGGGAGAGAGAGAAGAAGAGCCAGAAGCAGCAUUCCCCCCGAGACAGAAACAAGGCAGAGAUGGUGCGAGGGAGGAAGAAACGAGCUAAGAAACUAGAGGGAGAAACUAUUUAUAUCAGGCAUAGCAAUUUAAUGUUGGAGGACGUGGACAAGACCCAGACGGAGAUCAUGCGGCACCACACCAGCGUGAGCGAGCUGAAGAGGAGCUUCAUGGAGUCGGUGCCGGCGCCGCGGCAGAGCGAGUGGGACAAGCGCCUGUCCACCAACUCCCCGUUCCGCACGGCCAGCUUCAACGGCCAGAUGCCGCCGGGGUCUCCAGUGCAAAGGACUCAAACCAUCACCAUCUCCGACGUCACCAACUCUCUGCGCGGGACGCUGGCCAACCAGGACGUCCCCAUCAUGCACACCGAGACCAAGACCAUCCUGUACGAGUCAGCGCAGGUGUCUCUCUCACAGUCGGCAGACACCAUGGGGAACGAGAGGGACUCCACCCUGCUGCUGAACGCCCAGACCAUCACCUCAGAGACCGUCAGCCGCACCACCACCACGCAGAUCACCAAGACUGUGAAAGGAGGCGUCUCAGAGACCCGUAUCGAGAAGAGGAUCGUGAUCACCGGGGACACAGAGAUCGAUCACGAUAAGGCGCUGGCCCAGGCCAUCAAGGAGGCCAAGGAGCAGCACCCGGACAUGUCCGUCACAAGGUGGUGGUCCACCAGGAGACGGAGAUCAGCCCGACUAGAGAGGCCCGAGCAGGCCGGGGCCCUGGGAGGACGCCCCUCCAGCCAGACCGCAGGCAGGACCCCCGCCCUGGCCCUGGAGCCAAGCAUUUGACCUGCCAUUUGUUUUCUUUUCCUGGAGUUUCCAUUGAAGAUGGAUGGUGUUCCACAACAUGGCUGCCUAGUAUUGCCCAGGAUUUCCCACAAUCCCUCUCUUCUCUUCUCACUGCCACUGAAUUGAUCAAAGUUCAGUAUUUGGGGGUUUUCUAACGAGAAAUGAAAGUACGACAUUUGUGAAUUAUUUCCUCUCCUAUUUGUCUGGAGAUUUUAAGAAAUUUUCAAAAGGGCAUUUUGGUCUUUUAGUCUUAUUUUUAUACUGCUUUUCUUACCACCAUAAUUGCUAAUCUGUAGCGCUGGGGUCAGUAUUUUUAUUACCUUCAAUCGUGUGAGGUGGGAAUGUGGGGAAUUUCUCUUCAGAUCUGUUGAACAUGUCAUCAAGAAGCAGUAGAUUCCUAAAAUCAUCACACUCCAAAAUAGUUUGGUGUCAUGUUGUACAGUAAAAGUAUAUUUUAUUGUCCCUCUUAAUAUUUUAUUGUCCCUCUCAAUGUGAAAAAAUAUUUUUCGAUAUAAAUGUCACUGACUUUAUCAGACCAAAAUGGUGGGCCGUUAAACAUGUAUCCUACUUUAAAGUUACGUCGUGAUAAUCUGCUAAAUUAUCGUUAUCAUCUUUUACUUAUUAUUUUUCAUAUUUAUUGAGUUAGGAUCCUCUCUCUAGAUUCAGACAUUAUCAAAAGAACAGGAGACGGCAGUGUUAUUUAUUUUCUCUAUUUAUUUUCCCUCUCUGACUUGUCUUUGUGUAUGUGUUUAACAUUUUAACGAUAGUGUUCUUGUAGCAGCGGAAUGUAGUUUCAUAGUUUUGUAUAAGGCUGAACACAACCCCAGCAGUAUUCGUUCUCAUUGGGCAGCGUUUUGUGCCGCAGUUAUAUUAGUUACAUAGUUGCAUUUCUACUUUUCUACCAAAGGGGGCAGUGUGUCCUCAUCCACAGAGGUUCGAACAAAUCAGAGGGAUUGCUUUCACGCUUCAACGGGCUAGGGAGUUUAUAUAGGAUGAAUGAAUUAUGGCAGAGUUGAUUCGCAAUAAAACAUUCAUAAAGUUGGUGAAAUGCCAUAGAAAACAAAAGAAAAAUAUAACAAUGUGGCAAAUCACUAACACUUUGUCCACGUUUUCCUUUGAGAAUCUCUAUAGGCCAACAAAACAUGUUCACAGUUACAAUAUGAUGAUUUUUGUAUAUGACAACAAAGUAAAUCAAUGCCUUUGAAUGAUUUUUUUAAAGUAAAUAUUGCUGAAUCUCCUGUGAAAGACACACUGUCCUGUAAAACAGUCCAUUACGGCCCACACAUGCAAUUUGUAAUGUUUAGUCUACUCCUAAAACAUGUAUUUUUGUUGUAAAUGUGUUCUUUGGUACAGAAACCUAAUGUGUCAUUGCUAACUUAUUGUGCUGUUUGCCAUAAUUGCGGGAUUUACCUUUCACUUUAAUUUAAACUCACAGUAGUAAACUAGACAACUGAGGUUUAUAAGAGUUUUUUGUUAUUUCUUUCUAAAUGAAAAACACUGUUAAUGAAGCGUAAUUAAAGAACGCCAUGCACUGAAUAAACACGUGUAGAAACCUCA